AUGCCCAACAUCAGUCCGCAGGAUUUGGACAUUGUCAAGUUGACGGCGCAAUACGCGGCCAAGAAUGGACGGGCGUGGGUCACACAGCUCAGCCAGCGCGAGGGCKGCAACUAUCAAUUCGAUUUCCUCCGACAGCAGCAUUCCCUCAACAUGUUCUUCAACCGUCUGACGGAGCAAUACGAGGAUUUGUUGGAGGGCGAGACGUCCAACGGAGGAGCGGCGCAAAAGGCGCGGAUGGAGGAAUUGGAGCGCAAUCUCCACGAUCGCCUGCACAUUCUGGAGCGGGCCAAGCAGCGCGCGCAAUACGUCAAGUAUCAGGAAUCACAACGGAUGGAGGUGGACGAGAAGAAGGCCAAGAAGGACAUGGACUUUGCCCAGAUCGACUGGCACGACUUUACCGUCAUUGCGACCAUCACCCACGAUGAGCGCGACCAGCACACGGAAAUGCCCCCGCCCAAAUCCCUCAACGACAUGCAGAGCUUGAGUCUGGAGGAUAAGCAGAAGAUGCGCAUUGGUUACGACCGGCGAAUUGAGGAAGCGGUGCCCGACUUCAACGAUUACGAAACCGUCUUUGGUCACGCACCGCAGAUGCCCGCCGCCCAGAUGCCGCAGGGCUGGGGUCAACAUCCCACCCCUCCACAACACCACUCUCCCUAUGCCGCUCCUGCUCCCGACCUGGCGACGGAACGCGCCGCCGCACGUGCUGCAACCGCCGCUGCUGCCUCGCAACCUCCCAACGCCAAGACUCGCAUUCGCAACGAUCACGUCCCCCAAGCCGCCGCGGCCCGUGCUCGCGCCCAAGCCAACACGUCGAUAUGUCCCAACUGCAAACACGCCAUUCCCAACGAUGAGAUGCAGGAACAUUUGCGCAUUGAAUUGUUGGAUCCACAGUGGAGAGAGCAAUCCCGAAAGGAUCAGCAGCGCUCCAGCACCACCAAUCUCAGCACGCAGGAUGUCGCGGCCAAUCUGAAGAGACUGGCGAGUCAGAGGAGUGAUGUCUUUGACCCGGCGACGGGUAGAGCGAUUGGGGAUGAGGGAGGGGGCAAGACGCGAAAGGUGGACAAUACGAAUGGCGGGGGAGAUGUCAACGACCAGAUUCGGAGGAUUCACGAGAAGCAUGGAAAGUGA